AUGCCCCCGGAGACCACUGGACGGCCACUGCUGCCACAAACGGCGCAAAUGCAGAGCUUCACCUUUGCGCCGCCCACGCUGGCACCGCGCGAAAACCAGCGCAAUUAUGUAUUCGUAGACGAACACAAUAGACACAAACGACUGAAAGUAAUGAGAGCAUGCGAAGGAUGUCGUAGACGCAAAAUCAAGUGCGACGCGGCAACAACGAAUGCAUGGCCCUGUGCUGCUUGCAUUCGUCUGAAGCUUAACUGUGUGCCGCCCACAGUCAGCUAUGACAAGGACUACAACGGUUCGCAAACCUUUGACCUGGAGCCCAAACCGCUCGAGUAUGCCCCGGACCCAUCUCCACAACAUGACUAUCAGCGCCAUCCAUCCAUGUCGCAGGCCAUGUCUCACCAGAUGCCGCCUUCCAUGCCGACUACCCAAGGCAUGUACCAACCUUCGCCCUACGUGGAUCAACAGUCCCAGGAGUCGUGCCAUUAUCAGCCCAUGUCUCAGCCCCAGGUCAUCCAGCAAACCAUGAGCUACGCGCCUCAGCACGGCUACUCACAACAAUCCGCUGGCCCGCCUGCGAUCCUGACUCCACCGGAAUCGGAACCCCAUUGGCGAAGUGACUCUGUAUCUAGUCUAUCCGAGGCACUGGGUGAACUCAAGAUCGACCAUACAGCCAUUGCCCCAUACAUCACUAACAUGAAGAAGGCGCUGGCCGAAACACCCGCGCAAGAGGAGUACGAGGUCGUACUACCAGCUUCUGUAAGCCUCGAUCAUACGGUCCGCAUACCACCGGAGAUGAUGCCUGAUGAUGAUCGGGCAAUGCAUUACUUUGACUACUUUUUCGCCAACGUUCACCCAUAUUGCCCCGUCAUCAACAAGGCCUACUUCUACCAGCAAUGGCACAGCGCUCCGGACUCCAUCUCUCCACUCAUGCUAGAGUCCAUCUUUGCUUGUUCUUCGUUGAUGCUGGGUGACUCAGAGGAGGGCAACAAAUGGCUGGCCCUUGCCACAAAGCACGAAGAGAGCUUCAAAGACGUGUCCCGCUUGAGUACAAUGCAGGCAAUGAUUCUAUUGCUGAAAGCUCGUGAAGCUUCACCAAAGCGAGGAUACUUCUGGCGUUCUUGGAUGGCGACUGUCAGCCUUGUAGCCAUGGCGAAGGACCUCGAAUUACACGAACAUUACGACACCCAUCAGAUGGGCAAAUCAUGCGGAUCGACAGUACACGACUGUGUUGCCAAAACGAGGGUAUGGCAGAUGUGCAUGGUCUUCGAGGUCAUGAUUGGCGGUCCUCAAGGACGCUAUGACUUUGGUGUUACCACUGAUACCGUAGACUUGGAGAUGCCCAGACACAUCGCAGGACAGGAUCCUUCCGAGCUUCAGAUUGCGCGUCAGUUCGUACAGUACGCCCGUAUUGUUAAGAACGUUCACCAUUCGGCCCUCGUGUACGGAAGACUCAGGAAGAAGAACCCGGACUGGGCACUGGAUCCAGCUUUUGUUGGCCACAACACCGACUUUUCCCUCUGGUUACGAGAGCUUCCGGAGGACAUGCAGAUUGUCUACCCCCAGGAUGGCUCUGCUCCUUGGAUCCCGUCCCAUCAGCUGGCGAAUAUGCACGCCUAUCACUGUUUGGCCAUCAUUAUGCACUUCCGCCCGCAGCUACAUGCCGUAUCAGAGUCAUAUGAUGGUAUAUGGAAGCAGCAUAUGCUCACAUGUUACUCGGCCGCCAAAAACCUAUGCAAACUUCAAGAGGCGAUUCUUAAGACCUACGGCAUGCCUGGAUUACUUUGCAUGAUGCGAGGCAUAAGUUUCCACAUCUACGCCGUGUUGACCUGCACCAUGCUGCACCUGGUUGCGGUGACAUGCCCGGACCCAGAUAUCAACCAUGAUGCCAGGAACUUCUUCGUACGCCACAUGCGUGUCCUGGAAACCAUGUCUCCCUCGUUCCCGAUGCCUGAGAUGCAACAGCAAGUCAACAGCCUGCGUCAAGCGUUCUCGGCCGAUUGUUCAAAAGCUUUUGAACUGAAACCGACAUUCCCAUUCGGAAGCCCACAAGUAGCUCCACAAACAAGCCCUAUGGGUCACCAGGGAUCGUACCGACCUCGUCACCCGAGCCAUCCCUCGCCCUUGGAACAACCAGGUCAGGUCAACUACCAUGCACUCCCCAUUACUCCACCAAUUUCGGCAUCCGACCGCGGAUCCAAGGCUGACUCUCCAGUAGCUCAGUCUUUGGUCAUGAUGGCGUCUGGUCACCGUGCAGCUCAGCCACCUUCUGGUAUGCAAAUGCCGGAGAACGCCCAAUGGAACCCACAACGCAUCUUUGAUCAAUGGAAUGUAGCCUUUGGUACGCCCCCUCCUACUAGCGCGUCCUCUCAGGCUUCUCCGCCGCUAAGACCCCAUCCUCCAGGAACCAAUUACGAUAUGCGGCCAGCGCAGGAGGCUAUGCAACCAGGCUACCAAAUAUCGAACACAUCGCCCCAGUCCAGCAAUGUCCAUGCAGUCCCAGGCCAGAUGCCACCAGCCUCGACAUAUGGAAACACUGCACCCGUAUACGUUACCCCUUCGAUGUGGCAGGAAGCAGUUGCCAGCUCUUUACCGGAUGGGCUCAAGCGCCGGUGGGACGACAACGCUUCCAUGGGCGACCAGUCAAUGUACAAACGCGCGCGUUGA